GCCGCGGCCGCGGGGGAGCGAUGCCCGCGUGCGCUGCAAGCCGCGCAAUGGAAGCUUCCGACACUAGCCCUGCGGCUUCGCCCCCAGCAGCGGGCGCAGCCCCAGCGGCGGCUGCAGCCCCAGCAGCGGCAGCGGCGGCAGCCCCGGCAGCGGCUGCUCAGGGCCGCCCCGCCGAGUCAGAGGGGCAGCUGUCCGACGAACGCGCAGUUUGCAGGGCUAGCGACCUGGCGAUCACGGGCGCGAAGUGCGUGAUAGCGAAGCCUGCGACCAGCAACCGCGACGCCGUGUACGAGUGCACCAACUGCAACCGCCCGAAGAAACGGAUCCACAACGUCCGCCAGGGCAACGACACGCUAGACGCGCGGUCCGAACUGGACAGCCAGGAGCGCAAGGAGUUCACGCGCAACAGCGCGAACACCUUCGGAACGGAUCUGGCCAAGGAGAUUAGGGAGGUCAUCAAGGUGUCGAAUGCCAAGUCCAUCGAGACGACGGCCGCGGAGGACGGCGAGCCGAUGCUGGUCUCAGAGGCAGCAGAGCUCCCGCGCUAUAUGAACAAUCCGCAUGCCUUCGAGCUGCUGUGCAAGAACGCAGAUCGGUUCAUCAGUCGGAUCGACGGCCUCGAGUACACCGUCGCUCCGAAGAUGUCGUUCCAGAAGGUGAACAGGAACAUCGACGAGAUGCAGAUUCAAGCCGCUACCAUCGCCAAGAAGCUCGAUGAGAGCAUGGCGCGCCUCAGCGAGGCGGUGCUCGCAGUGCGGCGCAUCGAGCGCGCAGCUGGGGACGCUGCCGCCGCAGACUGCGCGCCCAAGCACCUGAUCGCCGAGGCCGCCCACCUGGGCACCGCCGCGCGCGAGCUCCUCGACGAGGCCGCGAAGCACUUCAGCGCCGACGAUAAGGACAAGGCCGUGGAGAUGACGCAGAGCAUGAACGCCUUCUUGGCCGAUCACGCAGAGCUGACCCACACGCUUGAAGGUGUCUUCAGCCAGAUGCCCGACGAUCUGCGCGCGGAGCUCUCGGGCGCCGACAGUGGGCCGUUUGGUGCAGCGAGAGGGCGGCGCAGCGAGCAGCGCGGGCGCGCCGCAGCGCGCCGGGCGCAUGCAGCGCCCAGCGGCGGCGGAGCCCGCAUCCUCCGCGGACAAGCGCACGCGGGCCUCUACCAAGACGGCCGCGUGAGGUUUUCCACCAAGAUGGCGGCGUGA